CGUACUUUGCCCCCACGGUGCGGAAGUGUUCUGAGGAGCACGGUCAGAUCUGCCACUGUUUAGUGCUGGGUUGCCCCUAGGCUAACGGUGCUUUUCCGCGUUCUCGUUUCUCUCGACGAGACGGUGUCAGCGUUCAUCUCGACCAACCAGAAGAAGUCUAUUAUGUGAGCUCGGUGGCCAAGUGUGGGAGCACCGUGCGAUCCGAGUUUUUUUUGAGUCUUCUAUAUGGGCCAUCUUCUCUCGAAAAAUGGUUACGGUUUGAAGAAGAAGACACGCAAGCAGCAUCACAGGACAAAGAAGAAGAGGAACUGCUUCCUGCAGGGGCCUUGCAUGCUGUGUUUCAUCAUCCACAGCAGCAGCGGCGGCAGCGGCGCUUUGAGCGAGGACAGCGACCCUCCGGAGGCCGGCGUCAACGGUAGUGGGUGCCGUCACAGCAGCGUCAGCGGCAUUACCGUCCCGGGCGUCGGCGCGGUCGGAGUCAGCGCGGCGGCUGCCUCCAAACUCGCCGAGCGCUACGCAUUACUCGCCUCUCCUGAGGACUGCUCCAAGUUCUUGCUUUCGCCACCAGAGUUAGCAAUUUGGGAAGGGCAGGGGAGGAGCCUGUUGUCAGCUGUCCCGGCCAAACUCAUUCCACCGCCGGCUCUUUUUCGGACCGCCGGCGUGUCUGUGACUGUGCCCAUUCCUGUGCCUGUACCAGGCUGCACCAGCGACUACGCCGAGAUGGUGUGUAAGAGAAAGUGUUCCGAGGUGCAGAGGUGCACACCUUGCAACAAGCAGCCACGCUGUGCCUUUUCUGCCCCUGAUGGUAGCAUCGAAAACGGAGGCGUGGGCGGAAGCGUGGGGGAGGCGUCCUCAAACUCCCAACCUGGCCACUGUCAUCUUCCCAUCUGCCCAUUGGCCUCUUCCUCCUCCUCUUCCUCAACAGUGGCCGACGGCUGCCUCGGGUCGGCUCCUCAGGCCGAUCUGCCCCAAAGCUCUGACUCGUCCCCCGCCGGUCUGCAGCACCUUGAUGACUGCCAGGCCAGAGGCUCUGACGUUGCGGAUCAUUUAAGCAUCAACCACCUGCCUUCUUCCAUUCUUCUUAAGGUUCUCUCACAUUUGACGGUGAAGGAGCGUUGCUUGUGUGCCUCUUUAGUCUGCAAGUACUGGAGGGACCUCUGCUUGGACUUCCAAUUCUGGAAGCAAAUCGACCUCAGUGGCCUACAACAAGUAAACGAUGAUCUCCUGGCAAAAAUAGCCUCUCGAAGGCAGAAUGUGACCGAGAUCAACAUCUCGGACUGCAGGGGCGUCCACGACCACGGCGUGUUCUCCUUGGCCUCGCAGUGUCCCGGCUUGCAGAAGUACACGGCUUAUAGGUGCAAGCAGCUGGGGGACAUUUCGCUGGCCUCCUUGGCCGCACACUGUCCUCAGCUGAUCAAAGUGCACGUGGGAAACCAGGACAGACUGACGGACAGAGCGCUUAAAAAGCUUGGAGAGUGCUGCGGCGAACUGAAGGACAUUCACUUGGGUCAGUGUUACGGGCUCAGCGAUGAAGGCAUGGUGGCCUUGGCCAAAGGAUGCCCCAAAUUGGAGAAACUCUACUUGCAGGAGAACAAACUGGUCACUGACCAGUCGAUGCGAGCGGUUGCCGAGCAUUGCCCAGAGCUGCAGUUUGUCGGCUUCAUGGGAUGCCCCGUGACAUCUCAAGGAGUCAUCCAUCUCACCGCUCUACGCAACCUGACCGUGCUGGACUUGCGGCACAUCUCAGAGCUGAACAAUGAGACGGUAAUGGAGGUGGUGAAGAAGUGUCGCAAACUCAGCUCUCUCAACCUCUGCCUCAACUGGAGCAUCAAUGACAGGUGCGUGGAAAUCAUCGCCAAGGAGGGGAGGAGCCUGAAGGAGCUCUAUCUGGUCUCCUGUAAAAUCACAGACCACGCUCUGAUAGCCAUAGGCCAGUAUAGCAGCACCAUCGAGACCGUGGAUGCCGGUUGGUGUAACGACAUCACAGACCAAGGCGCCAUGCAAAUCGCAGAGAGCAGCAAGUCCCUGCGCUACCUGGGCCUCAUGAGAUGUGACAAGGUGAACGAGGAGACAGUGGAGAGGCUGGUGGUCCAGUACCCUCACAUUGUAUUCAGCACCGUAAUGCAGGACUGCAAGAGGACCCUGGAGAGAGCUUAUCAGAUGGGCUGGAGCCCAAGUGCUUCCAACGCCUUGUAGCUGUGGCUGGAUUAGACACAUAAUGUAUGCAUAAUGACGCACACACUCGUACACACACACACACACACACGCACACGCACACACAUGUUGAAAAAAAGCAGCAUUUUUCUUUCAAACGUUGACACAUGCACCAUAUUUUCAGCUCAGUCCUAUUUGGUUUUCAUUUACUGUUCAAAUAUGCAUGCGGACACACGCACAUGCACACACACUCACACACAGACACACACACACACACAAUGAACUAUUGCAUAUAAUCAAUCCACCAACUGAAUGAAACGUACUAUGUACCAUCGUCCGCAAGUCAGAAAACGACAAGCAGUUCGUCAAGCUCCACGGGAUGUCUUACCGGGCUUAAGGAUUUCUGAACUUUGCACGUUUAAGAUUGAGCGCAGCAAACACAAAGAUGACUGAUAAAAGUGGCAGUUUAGAAAAGAACAAUUAUCCCGCCAAGUCGAGUCUAGCGACGCGUUCAUUUCCUACGAGGCGACGCCCACUGCAGCGGCGACGGCGGCGAGACAGACUGAGCGAAUACGGACAACGACCGUGACGACAACAUCCUCCUCCAGCUCACUUGAGGUUUUUUGACAAACACGUGAUGUUUAUCUUGACUUUCUUGCUCGUGCAGUUUGAUGUGAAAGGAUUUGUGGAUUUCUUUGUGUUUAGAUGGUUGUCGAGGCUACAUGUAAACGUUGUCCUGAUGCGGCACACGCCGGCUUGGGUUGCGGCCCAAUCCUCCUUCCCUCCUAGGCCAUUGAAUAGCAGGAAACCACAUUGAUUAUUUCUCUAAAAGUGCAUGAUUAGAUCUUAGAUCAAGAUUGGCGUCUGACUGAGUUGACUGUCUGAAAACCGUCUCAAAUUGGACCGAACCUCUCUGCAUGACAUGGGAACGGUGCUUUAGUUUUAUUCACACGAAUUGAAUUAGAAAAGCAGAAUAAAAGUAUUAUAACGUCAAGUUUGAGGAUUACAGUGGAACCUCUAAAUUCAAGCGCAGGAACAUGACUGUUUGGACUUCAAAAGCAAAUGGAAAUUGAAUCAAUCUGUUUCAGGAUAUGUCACAAUUUUGUUUGUAUUCCAUUGUGGCAUCUUGCAUGAUGACAAUCCGAACAUGUUAGUCUACUUCUGAAUUGUCGGACUUUGGAGGUUUCACUGUAUACCCCAAAAGCACCAGGAAGGGAAAUGCCUUAACAAACACCCAAUUAAGUCAGUUGACUCAUGAAGUGUUAGAAGAAUCUUUAUCGUUCACGAGUUUUCAAAUAUCAUAUGGCGCCCAUUGUAUGGCCCGGUAUAUUCAUAUACAUGCAAUUUACUUAUUAGUGUUAUAUCGAUUUUUAGCAUAUACUUGUAACAUUAGCUAUGUAGCAGUUCGGUGAGGGAUUUCCUCCGAGCGAUAGAGGACCCAAAAUUGGUAGUGGAGAGUGGAUUACUGUUCAUCAAACAAGUUCAGUGCAGACAAGCAGGGUAUUUUUUUAGCGUUGGCCCUGGCUUCCUCUCCAAUGAGUCACCCAGCUAGCAACAAUAGCUUCUUCUUUUUUUCCAGAGUAUAAAAAUGUACAGUACAAUGUAGUUUGAAUACAGCAACACUUUGUACAGCAUAAGAAGAUUUCACACAACUAAAAAGUUGAUUUUCCCCUUGUCAGGAUUUGUAGACGUAGCAGUCGCAGGGCUCUGCUCCCUGUGUCUGGUUUUGUUCUUUUGUAAUCCCCAUUCGCACUUUCUCCUUCGCUAGAUGUUGACAUACUUGAUUCUUGAUUUGUUAAGGCAAGCGUAAAUGACUGGAUUUGCAUAAAGAUGAAUAAAACACUACAACUUCAAGCCCC